AUGUCAGAUAAAAGUGGAGCCGAGCCACCGGACAUGACACGGGACGCCCCGCCCCCAGGCGUGCCGUAUGAGAAUGGGAGCUGGGCCAGUGCGCUGGCCGCUUCCCUGGUGGUGCAUGCCCCCAUGCCAGAGUUUUGCGCAAAUAACCUUACCAGCGUAUUCUUGGGCGUCGACGACAUUUGGGUGGUGCUGGCCAACGGCGCGGCCACCGAGCUGGAGGCUAUCCCCGUGCUGGAGCGGGGCUCGGUGUGUCGGGGCCCCCUGCUGGCCGACUGGCCCCUGCCGCCGGGUGCCCCCAGCCUGUCCCGGAUGGUGAUGGACAGCAACAACGUGGAGGAGCUCAUGGGCGAGGCACUGGAGUCCGCGCCGGACUACUCGGAUCUGGAGGAGCUGCGCCGCCGCGGCGCGGUGGGCUGGUGCCAGGCCGCGCCGCUGGCGUGCGACGCGCCGCAUGCCACGCUGCUGGGCGCGCUGCUGCUGACGGGGCGCGGUCCGCGCCCCACCAUGGACGCGGCCUGGCUGGCGGACUGGGCCUGCGAGAUGGCGCAAACCAUCGCGCACGCCUCGGUGCAGGUCAUGGAGGCCAGCCUGGACGUGCUGCGCGUCGUCUUCCCGCCCAAGGUGCUGGAGCAGCUGGUGGCGGGUGCGGUGCGCGCGCGCUCACCCUCCCGCAUCCUGGGCCUGGCCGCCGAGCUGGCGGAGGAGGAGGCGCAGCUGGCGGCGCGGCUGGCCUCCAUCGCGGAGGGCUCCUCCGGCUCCCUGGAGUCAUCGCUGGGCAUGGGCCGCGACCCGCGCACGCGCACGCUGGAGGCCGUCGCCGCCGGGCUGGCCGCCGACGCGCUGGUGGCCGUGCACCGCUCCAGCACAAACGACACCUCGGCGGGGCGCUGGAACCUGGCUUUUGUGGACGCGGACUUGGAGGAUGGGUACGAGGCCUGGGCGGCAGCGUUGGCGCUGCGCGCCGACGCGCUGGCGGGGGCGCUGUGGGUCCUGGCGUUGGCGGCGGCGGUGGAGGGCUUGGUGCGCGGCGGCAGCCUGCUCUCCCUCGGCGGCCUCACCGCCUGCCUAGGCCUGAUGGCGCUGGCCAUCCCCGCCCCGCUCUCCUUCUUCCACCCCACCUGGUGGGCCACGCACCGACUCGCGGCCGUCACGCUCUUGCGCGUGGUCUGCUGCCUGGCCUGCGUGGUGCAGGUGACCAUCGCCGAGGCCAGCGUGGCUGGGGCGGGUACCCUGCACGAGCUCCAGCGCUAUGCGUGCACCCUCUCCAUGAUCAUGUGCUCCCUGUGCUACCCCGUCCCGCUGGCGGUGCACAUCCCGCUGCAGCUGGCCUGCCUCUGGCUGACCUCGGCGGGCUACUCCCUGGGCAGCAGCUCACGGGAGGGACUGCACCCUUUGACCCUGCGCCUGGGAGCCGGCUUCCUGGCCUCCACCUGGCUCACCUGGUGGUGGGAGCAGGCCGCGCGGCGCAGGUUCCUGCGCACCUCAGCCCAUGUGGAGGCAGCGGCGGCCAUGUCGAGCGAGGUGUCGGCCGCAGCCUUCAGGCUCGAGUGA